AGGUACGUCCAAGGGAGGAAUGUGCAUUUUGGAUGUCAUCCUACACUGCAGCACGGGGCUUAUACGGGGAUAUACCGCAGGACCUAUUCAAGGGCAAAGGGUGAUGCUAUGCACAGGAGGUAAUGCACAGCACCCAAGGCACUGAGGAUGCAAACCAGAAAUAUCACACAGGCAUGGUUCAAUCCUAAAAAAGCUUCUUGGAACUGAAGCAGCAUGGAAUCCAUGGCCUCACUGGUUGUCUACAUUGUCAUCGAGGUGAUCAUAGCUGUGGUUUCAGUAGUCGGGAAUGUUCUAGUUAUCUGGGCUGUGAUUGUCAACCAAGCCCUCCGAGACACCACAUUCUUUUUCAUUGUGUCCCUGGCCGUGGCUGAUAUUGCAGUUGGUUCUCUGGUUAUCCCUCUGGCUAUCACAAUCAGCAUUGGACUGAAGACAGAAUUUUAUAGCUGUCUUAUGGGGGCCUGCAUUGUGCUGAUCCUCACCCAGAGUUCCAUAUUAGCACUGCUGGCCAUUGCUGCGGAUAGAUAUCUUAGAGUCAAGAUCCCAACAAGUUACAAGAGCGUUGUAACAGCAAGAAGAGCCGGCAUAGCAAUUACAGGAUGCUGGGUGCUCUCUUUCAUCGUCGGCUUGGUUCCCAUGUUUGGAUGGAACAACAUAGACAACCAAAGGAAAGCACUUAAUUCCAGUAGUAGCGAUGUUAUCAUUAUUUGCCAGUUUGAGACUGUAAUCAGCAUGGAGUACAUGGUAUACUUUAACUUUUUUGUUUGGGUACUUCCUCCACUUUUCCUAAUGCUUAUUGUGUAUCUGGAAGUGUUCAAUCUAAUUCAAAAACAGCUCAAUAAAAAAGUAUCUUCCACUUCCAAGGACCCACAGAAAUACUACGGGAAGGAACUAAAAAUUGCAAAAUCCCUUGCACUAAUCCUGCUACUUUUUGCUUUAAGCUGGUUGCCACUUCACACCUUGAACUGCAUUACUUUAUUCUGCCACACCUGCAAAACUCCGAUGAUCAUCACCUACAUUGCCAUCUUCUUAUCGCACGGAAAUUCAGCUAUGAACCCCAUUGUCUACGCAUUCCGGAUUGAGAAAUUCCGAACUACGUUUUUGUACAUUUGGAAAAAAUAUUUCUGCUGCAAAUCUGGCAGAGCAUUGAACAGAGCAAAGACUACAGUCAUUGAAAGAUCAGCUUCAAAACAUAUCAUCUAGAAAUGUGAAUGAUAAAGGUCUUUUUUUUGUAUAUCACAAUAGUGAAAUAACCAUCAGUUGUUUAAAAUCUUCAUUAUAUCAAUAAACCACAGUCAUUAUAUGAAGUGUAUGUCGGCUUCAGCAUUAAAAUGUUUUUAUACUUUUAUGUUUAAAAA